CUCAUUCUGCAUAGAACCUUUUCAAAGUUGGAGGGAGGAGGUUGCCCAGAGUGGGGUGUUGCCCUCUGCGAGGAUUUGGAGUCCCCUGGGCUCCCAGCAGGGAAUGGAGACGCAUUCCCAGAAGCAUCAGCUUCGGGCAUCUCCAGAACCCUGGCUUGGUCCCUGACCAAGGAGUGUCCCCAACUGCUGAAUAGGCCAGGAGUCGCCUUUCUCUAAGGCUUACAUCUCUCCCUCUGGGGUGUGUCCUGCCCCUCCCUGAGUCACCCCAAGGGGAGAGAGGGGAAAAAAGGGAAGAGAAGAGAGGCAUUGACUACAGAGGAAGGAAAAGGAAGCAGAGCAGAGGGGGGAGAGAGGCCACACAGGAGUGGGUGACAGAGGAGACUGCAGAGGGCAGGUCUAGGGCAGGAGAUCGAGAGAGGGCAGGCCCAGGUCAGGAGGAGGUAGAGAGAGGGCAGCCGGAGCACCCCAAGGGGUGCCUCAAGAGCAGGUGGGGGCGGGGAGCCGAGGGGGCGGGCCGGCCAUGUCCCACGGGACCUACUACGAGUGUGAGCCCCGGGGUGGCCAGCAGCCACUUGAGUUCUCAGGGGGCCGAGCUGGGCCCGGGGAGCUAGGGGACAUGUGUGAGCAUGAGGCCUCCAUUGACCUCUCCGCCUACAUCGAGUCUGGGGAAGAGCAGCUUCUCUCCGAUCUCUUUGCCGUGAAGCCAGCGCCUGAGGCCAGAGGCCUCAAGGGCCCCGGAACCCCUGCCUUCCCCCACUACUUGCCGCCUGACCCUCGGCCCUUUGCCUACCCUCCACAUACCUUCGGCCCAGACAGGAAGGCGCUGGGGCCUGGCAUCUACAGCAGCCCAGGGAGCUACGACCCCAGGGCUGUGGCGGUGAAGGAGGAGCCCCGGGGGCCAGAGGGCAGCCGAGCUGCCAGCCGAGGCAGCUACAAUCCCCUGCAGUACCAAGUGGCACACUGUGGGCAGACAGCCAUGCACCUGCCCCCAACUCUGGCAGCAUCCGGCCAGCCUCUGCGCGUUCUCAAGGCCCCUUUGGCCACUGCCGCACCCCCCUGCAGUCCCCUCCUGAAGGCGCCCUCCCCGGCUGGCCCCUUACACAAGGGCAAGAAGGCAGUGAACAAAGACAGCCUUGAGUACCGGCUGAGGCGGGAGCGCAACAACAUUGCCGUGCGCAAGAGCCGGGACAAGGCCAAGAGGCGCAUUCUGGAGACACAGCAGAAGGUGCUGGAGUACAUGGCAGAGAACGAGCGCCUCCGCAGCCGCGUGGAGCAGCUCACCCAGGAGCUAGACACCCUCCGCAACCUCUUCCGCCAGAUUCCUGAGGCGGCCAACCUCAUCAAGGGCGUGGGGGGUUGCAGCUGAGCCUGGCUGGUGGACUGUAGGCACCAGGCUCCCUGGCACGGCCUAACUCUGUGGACCCCCAUCCUGCUGGGGGCCUAGAACCCUGAGACAUAGACCAUGGAUAAAUGGCAACCGGGGUGGCAAAGAAGGGCAGGACCCAGCAUAACGAUUAUAUGGCUGAAUAAAGUUGCACUGUGACUGGG